AUGGGUGCAACCUCAAGACUUGCACUGGUUUCUUGUGUUUUGAUUUCCCUUUUUUUAUCAUCCUCUGCUCAAUCAUGCACCAACUAUGCCUUUGCAAGCAACAAGGUCUUUAGUACUUGCAAUGAUCUUCCAUAUUUGAAUUCGUUUCUUCACUGGACUUAUGACCCAUCUUCAGAAACUGUCCAAAUCGCCUUCCGACACACUAGAGUAACAUCCUCAAAAUGGGUUGCAUGGGCCAUCAAUCCAAAUUCAACAAGCAUGGUUGGAUCACAAGCACUUGUUGCUUUCCAAAAGUCUGACGGAACGAUGAGAUAUUACACAUCGCCUGUGACAAGUUACGGUACCCAGUUGGCGGAAGGGGAUUUGAGCUUCCCCGUCUCGGAUUUAUUGGCAACAUUUUCAAAUAAUGAGAUCACCAUUUUUGCAACUUUGAACCUUCAAAAAAUUAACAGUACUACUGUAAAUCAGGUUUGGCAAGAUGGCCCAGUUUCAGGUGAUACUCCUGGGGCACAUGAUCAAUCCGGUGAUAAUAUUCUAUCCAUGGGGACUAUAAACCUUCUUUCAGGAGAGUCUGGGACUACAGUAGGAGGAGGAGGAGGGAACACAAAAAUCAAGAAACGGAACAUUCAUGGGGUUUUGAAUGCAAUCAGCUGGGGCAUCAUGAUGCCUGUAGGUGCUUUGUUCGCAAGAUACUUGAAGGUAUUCAAAUCGGCGGACCCUGCAUGGUUUUACCUUCACGUUACUUGCCAAACAUCGGCGUACAUCAUUGGUGUCGCCGGAUGGGCCACCGGACUCAAACUCGGAAGUGAGUCUCCUGGAAUUCAACACACCACCCACAGAAACAUUGGCAUUCUCCUAUUCCUCCUUGGAACCCUCCAGAUUCAUGGGGUUUUGAAUGCAAUCAGCUGGGGCAUCAUGAUGCCUGUAGGUGCUUUGUUCGCAAGAUACUUGAAGGUAUUCAAAUCGGCGGACCCUGCAUGGUUUUACCUUCACGUUACUUGCCAAACAUCGGCGUACAUCAUCGGUGUCGCCGGAUGGGCCACCGGACUCAAACUCGGAAGUGAGUCUCCUGGAAUUCAACACACCACCCACAGAAACAUUGGCAUUCUCCUAUUCCUCCUUGGAACCCUCCAGGUGUUUGCUUUGCUUCUAAGGCCGAACAAGAACCACAAGUACAGAUUCUACUGGAACAUCUACCACCACUCAGUCGGAUACAUGGUGAUUCUCCUUAGCAUCGUUAACAUAUUCAAAGGAUUCGAUAUCUUGAAACCGGAGCACCAAUGGCAGAGAGCUUACACUGCAAUCAUUGUGAUUCUAGCGAUCAUUGCUGUAUUGUUAGAAGCUUACACAUGGUUUGUUGUGGUGAAGAGGAAGAAGGCGGCAAGUGCUGAGAAGAUGCCACAGGGCACGAAUGAAACAAAUGGGCACAAUGGGUAUGGAGCCAGGACACAGGAGAGAGUGUAGUUCAAAGUUAUCUGCUAUAUUGUUUGAUUUGACCAUCUUUUGUUGCACCUAUUUAUACACACUGGCCUGGCCUCUUCCACAGGGUGAAAGGGGG